CAGUUGUUUUGUUGUUUAGUUCUUCGUUGUUGGCCUCCUCUGUGUCAAGCGGGCUUGUAGUGUUAAUUUAACUGACACCUGCGACAUCAAACAUUUUAAGUAAAGAAUUUCCUUUAACCGGCGAUAAGAAGAUGGACGUAGCUGAAGUGCAGGUUUCUUAUUAACAUAUAUUUCUGUGGGUUGACAGUGACUGACACAGAGAUGUUGCUACCCUCGGAGAAACUGCCUGUUUCAGGCUAAGAUUGAAGACAUAUCUGCAACAAUUGUUGACAUCUCUUUCUAAAGUCAGCAUCCAAUUACCUUGCUAUCAAGAUUUCCCAUACAGAUUUUCAAAUGAAAAUGGAGGAUAUGCCCCUGUCAGGCCCAGACAACACCAGGCUGGAAGCCUUGGUCCAUGACAUCUACUCUGAGCUAGUGGAAGAUGCCUGUUUGGGCCUGUGUUUCGAGGUGCAUCGUGCUGUGAAACAGGGUUAUUUUUUCUUGGAUGAAACGGACCAAGAGAGCAUGAAGGAGUUUGAAAUUGUGGAUCAGCCAGGUGUUGACAUAUUUGGCCAAGUGUACAAUCAGUGGAAAAACAAAGAGUGCGAGUGCCCAAACUGCAAAAGAUUGAUAGCAGCUUCUCGCUUCGCCCCGCAUUUGGAGAAAUGUCUCGGCAUGGGACGCAACAGCAGUCGCAUCGCAAACCGCAGGCUGGCAAGCAAUAAUAACAUGAGCAAAUCAGAGAGUGAUCAGGAAGACAACGAUGAUCUCAAUGAUAAUGACUGGUCGUAUGGGGCAGAAAAAAAAGCCAAGAAGAGAAAGUCCGAUAAGAGUCAAAAUUCUCCAAGAAGAUCCAAAUCGCUAAAACAUAAAAACGGUGAACUUGGGAGCGGCGUCAGUACAGAGCCUUACAAGUACAACUACAAUACCGGCAUCAGUUAUGAAACUUUAGGCCCUGAUGAGGUCAGAUCCCUUUUAACAACGCAAUGUGGGGUGAUCUCCGAGCACACCAAGAAGAUGUGUACCAGGUCUCAGCGAUGUCCCCAACACACGGACGAACAGAGGAGGGCCGUCAGGGUGUUCCUCCUGGGCCCGUCCGCGCCAUCGCUGCCUGAUGCCGACACCGCGGUGGAGAGCGACAAUUUUGACAUUCCUGACGGACAGACCCUGGUGAGCCGCCUGCAGUGGGAGGACUCCCCCGAUAUUUCACCCACUGACUCAGCCUCAUCUAAAGCCAGCACCAACCAUUCAGAUUCUAAGAGGCCUAAGAAAAAGAAAAGGACUUCUCUCAGUUUGAACAGCGGAGUAGUAGGAGUUGGAGGCGGAGGAUUGGGAGGAGUGGGAGGAGGAGGAGGAGGGGGAGGGGGAGGAGGAGGAUUAGGAUUAGGAGGAGGAGGAGGAGGAGGAGGAGCGAGUCUGACUGGAGGAGGUGGUGGCAGCAGCAGCAGCUCUCAGAGUAAUAUCAGUUUAUCGACCAAAAAAAAGAGGCCAAAGCUCUCAGCACCCUCUAUCGCCAGUAUCUAUGAUGACCUGAACUAGCAUAGCCUCUCUUUGUCAGAGUAUUUAUUCCUGCUGUUCAUACCUACAUUAACAGACCUACUACAGGGAAGUCAUGUGGUUUAUUGACAACAAAAAAGGAAGAAUAUAAAAGAAUAUUUGAGAUUUGUUCCCGGAUUUUUCUCUCAUAAAACAGCUACAGGAGUGUCCACAGUUUUGACGGUACAGUUUUAACAUAUCUAAGAGGUUUUUCCUCCAAAUGACUCCCUCGCCACACUCUGUGUCUAAACCUGUCAGCUACAGUACAAUUUACAAAUAAAGUAGUGCAAUAUUUAUAUACAAUAUACUUUUAUUAUAUGUAUAUAAUAUACUUGUAAUGUAAACAGUAUGUACUUUUUUCACGGGAGGUAUUUUGACAUGAUAUAUCAGGAUAACCACAGGGGUAAUAAUAAUGAAUGGCUGCAACUUAUUUCACGUCCCUGCUGCUGUAUUCUUGCUUACUGACAGGGUUUACUUAUAAACAUAGCUUUGGUAACACCACUAAUUAAACCUAUGCUUUUUCUGCUAUUCAUUGUCAAAACAUUUGCUGUGAAAAGUCGCAUUAGGAGUCUUAAAUUGUCCCCCCUUAGCUGUAGUCAGUCAGCAAUGAUUUUGGUUGGCCCUCAAUUUGUCUUUCUCAAACUUCAUAUACUUUGUCGUUGUUGGCAAUUCUGUGACCUUCUGAUAUUGAAAAAAAAACAAACUCUUUGUGGAGGAGACUUAAUGAGCUCGACUGCUUUAUUUCCAGCAUUCGACACAGGACUUUUCAUCAGUGGCUUUUUAAUUCUAGCAUUGUAUUGCACAGUUGUGAGUGUGUCUGUAAGCUGACUCGCAGUCAGUUUGAACGCUUUUUUUCACGUAGUGUUUGUAUGUGUGGUAAUAGUGCGUGUGUGUGUGUGAUCAUUUAUAUUUUUAUAAAACUAUGCAUCCUAGAAUGUGACAUUUCUGAGAUAGUGCGUGUGCCAUUUUUAAUAUUUAACUUUGUUUACAUCAAAAAUAUAUUUAAGUUUUUGUUUGUCACUGCCUGUUCAGUGAUGUGUAUAUUAUUUGUGUGCUAAUGCAGAUUUUGAUAUUUCUUGAGCCAUGAGACUUCUGGGGCACAUGUACAGUACGUGUAUGUAUGACACGAGAUGGAAAAGUAAUCAUGACGACGUAACUUUAUUUCUUUCCUUUAAAAAAGAAAAGUGUAUAUUUUCACUUGUUAGAGAUCAGGUUCAUUAAGUGAUGCAGUUUUGUUUGUCAUUCAGGAUCAUGAUUAAUAAGUCUGAGACAAUAUCAUUUCUAAAGUUGUAAGAUAAAAGAGGUCAGAUGCACUAUUUUACUAAUCUUGUACUUUUCACAGUUGAUAUUUUAAAGAGGCUUUCUUUAUGUGUGUGUCUUAUUCUUAAACCCAAAGGCUUUACAGUUUCUGAAAUUAUUUUAGUCAGAAGUGCACAGUUGAGCAGAAGGAUGUAUUUUGUUUGUAUAUAUAUGGACAUCAAUGCUGCAAAACUAAGGGACUGUACGAAAAAUUACUUCAGGGUGGAGGAGGGUUAAGCUGCCAGUGUACAUCACACUGUUGGAUAGUUGGAUAACCUAGAAAUGCGCCGAAUUUCUGUUAUUUCCCAAAGCUGACCGUUAUACCCACUUCAAAGUGAUUAGUGAGCUGGUGUGGAAGUUAGAGGAGCCAGAGUUCGACCUCCUCUCUCAGAAGCACCUUUUUUAACUAUUUCUGUCAGUGUGACACCUUCCAGGGGAGACAGCCUCAAAAAAUAAAUGCCGAUAUUGAGUGAUACAGCGUCUCACUUUUCUCCAUAACGCCUGUAAAUGGGGUCCAUUUUGAACGAGCAUGAAUACUGUUUUCACAUUGUAUAACUUCCUUUUCAAGAAAAGCUUUCUCUAAAUUUGAUUAAUUUAAUUUCAUUCCUCUGGUUAUAUGUAUUAUUUGAGGAAAAGAAGAAGUACUUCAUGGAUCAUAAAGAUGCACUUUGUUGUGAUUCCUCGUCAGGAUCAACUUGCUAGAAGGACCAAUAACUCCGUUUUAAUAACAGGAACGAUAAUAGUGCUGGCCGAGUCUGAUUCACUGAUUUGGUGGCUCAAAUGAACCGCCCCCCCCCCCCCCCCCCCCCAACCACUUGAGUAUUUUUCAUACAGUCCCUAAAGCCAAGUACUUUCAUUUUUCUCAAAUGCAUUGAACGUGACAAUCUGUCAAAGCUUGGUUUCAUUUCCAGUAUGGUUACUCCUUUCUGUUUCUGUUAUGGUCUGUGGAAAGCUUUUGAAUAUUUUUCAGUAAAGUCUUGUGACGUGCACUAAAGAUAAAUGAACUGUAGUGAUUUAAAUUCUUAAGCCACUUUUUCUUGGAUGCGGCAAACAACCGUUGUUGUCCAGUGGCUCUUUCUGUAUCUGUGUGCGAGUGCAAUUACAAAGAACGUGAUGUUGUGAGUUUCCAAAAAAUGCUCAUGCAUAAGCACGGACCUGUGCAUGUGUGGAUGGCUUGUACAUGAUUACAAUCUGAUCAGUUUUGUCACUUUAAUGCAUACUGGUGUUUGUAUAUAAAUAAAUAAAACACAACCCAGAGGCUUACUUCUUUAGCCUACAAAGAAA